UCAGAGGAGGCGGAGUGUAUAAAACUCAGAGGUCUUGCGUGCUGUAAUUCAUUAAGAUCAAGGAAGAAAGCAAGCCAGAAAGACGCAAGGAAUAUUGCACAAGUUAAACUAGAAGAACUAAUUAAAACAAAAAACCCUCGGAAAUAAACCACAGUAUAGACGAACACACAUCAGACCACCUUUAAUAUUCGACUUUAUUUAGUCUGUUUAAAAAGAAGUCAAAGGCAAUAUUUUUUUUUAUUUUUGCUGAUACAGAACAUUGUUGGAAAAUGCAAAAACUCUGUGCACUUCUCGUCUUAUUUUUCCUAGGAUCGGUUUACACUGAAUCGCAGGUGAGGGAGACAGAAACAUGGUUCCCUUCCGAACAGAAAUCGGAUGAGGACCUUGAGGUCUCCUCGGGUGACUCUCCCAACAGCUCAGACUUCGGCUUCAUGAACCAGGACGAUCUUGACACUUAUGAUGAUGAUGAAGACAAUGAGGACUACGAUGGCUCUGGUUCCGGCGAUAAAGAUGAGGAGGAGGAGGAGGAAGAUGAAGUUGUAAUUGAGAAUCCCAAAGACUACAAUGACGUGGAUUCAAAGUCUCAGCCGGACUUUAACAGCAACAGAAUCCCUGAAGACGAGAGGACUGUCGGCACGAACGAGGUGAAUGACAAAGAGCUGGUCUCCCAGAACGAGGUGGGGGUGAGGAGCAAGGUGCCCAGCCAUGAGGUCGACACCAACGUGCUCAUGGCAAGCACUUCAAACGAGAGUGUGUUUGAAAGAACAGAGGUCUUAGCAGCUCUGAUCGCCGGGGGUGUCGUUGGCUUGGUCUUCGCCGUCCUCCUCGUCAUUCUCCUCAUCCACCGCAUGAAGAAGAAGGAUGAAGGAAGCUACGAACUCGCCAAGAAGCCCAUCUACACGAAAGCCCCCACAGCCGAGAUCUACGCAUAGAGCCCGCUAUGGACUUCAUAACAGAGGAGCCUCCAGCUCCCGGGAAAGACUUUCUCUGCUACUUAUAUGCUGAAGCAACAAACUUCAGACUUGGUCGUGCUUAAAACAAUUAAAAUAGAUUGCAGGAGAUGAAACAACUACAACAAAAGAGAAUCAACAAGUUUAGAAUUUUCAAACAGAAGUGACCUAAAGGGUGUCGUCGUUUGGGGCUGUUGCUACUGUAGCCACUUGAGGGUGGGGGCGGGGCGGGUGAAAGUAUUAGAUAAAGAACAUGUUUUAAAGAAUGCCCAGAGGUGAGGUUGCAAGUCUUUGAUCAUUUGUUUUAGGCCCCUUUUUGUUUUGUUUUUCCAGCAACUUUGUCUCGACACUAAUAUGACGCAAAAGAGCUUUCAUGAAAUUGUCAGGAGUUCGCCCUGAUAGACCAAAUAAAGUAUCCAGCUCUGGUGCUGUUGCACAGUGCUAGUAGCAUUUGUUUCUUGAAGGAAAUGGACCCCCAUUCCACGAGGCUACUCGGAGCAGGGUCUCCACAGACCGUGUAUACCAAAUGUUUAAAGUUAAGAAAAGCCACUUUUUUUUUUUUUUUUUAAAUGUCAAUGUUGCAAAUGUUUUGGCCGCAUGUUUCACAGCUGCUUAGAAUUGGAUUUGUUGUAGGCCUCCCUGGGUUGACUACAACCUCUUCUGGAAUGUACCCAUGGAGAGUGCUUCUGCUCCUUUUUUAUU